AGAUGACUGCACUAAUACCCAUAGCAAUUUCGUUAGUUUUACCACAGCUACGUAUCUACGACGAAAAUCGAUGAUGUUAUCAAUGUGAAUCGUUUUUGUAGAUCUGAGUAAUGAUUCUGGUACUGCAAGACCGAUAUUGCGUAAUCGCUUAUCAUUAUCAUUUUAAUUGUCAUAUACAUAUCUUUAUCUAGAAGUUCUUGGAAGGAACUAAUAUAUUUUCUUCAAAUUUUUGAAGCAUAAAAAAUGGAGAUUCGGAUUGCACCUUCUGUUGAGUUGAGCUCCGUGCUUGUUGCCUUGGAGACGUUGGGUCUUGGCGCUACCGUAAGACGCGAGGAUCCAGCGGGGGGCGACGCUGGGCAGAAAAGCGAGUUGCUCAUCGACUCCGCUGAUACUCCACAAACCCUCAGAUUCGUUGACGUCAUCCUCCGAAAGUUGGGAGAGUCAGUGCCAGACAGUGACCUCUAUGCCGAUCUAUCUGUGAGCGACAAAGCACAGGUAUUCUAAGGCUACGGCUCCGUUCUCACUAGUAAGCGUGAUUCAUUGAUUUUUCACAUUAUGCAUUGAGACAUCUUGUUCAUUUUUGAAUGCACAGUAUUAGUAUUUGAUUAUUUGUUACAACUAUUACAACAGGUGGAUUCGUGGCUCGCCUGGUGCACCAACGAGCUUGGUGGUGAGGCUUGCACUUCUGACGGAGUCGCAUCAGCGAUUCGGCAGCUGCAAGGUCACUUGACCUCACGACAGUGCAUGGUUGGCUCCAAGGCCACCCUUGCCGAUAUUCAUACUAUUUGUGAGCUGGUCACCGCUGUGGUGAACGCGAACGAGCAGAAGGUAGAGGAGAUGCCGCUGAAAGCCGAGUGGGUUUUGGGUCAGUGGAUCAGCAGGGUAAAAUCAUCGGUACCAGCAUUGGAUGUCGCUUUGAAUUCUUAUUUGGACACCUUGCGAAACCGAGUCACAGAACUGAAGAAAGCAAAGCAGCCCUUUCAAACUGACCUGCUUCGCAUGCAGAAGAUGAAAGCAAUUGUGGGCGCCGAUGCUGCUCCCGCUGCGUCUACCUCGAGCAAGAAGCAAUCGGUCUCGGCUCCAAGUACAGAAUAUUAGAUUGUGAUUGCUGUUGUUAAAGCUCAGCAUUCAUUGGCCACUGACCCCCUUCAAAGCUCUCCCCUUUCCCUUCGUUUAUUUCCCCUGUUGGUUCUCUCAAGAAGGGGUCGCCUCUUCGAUCUCAGUGACCAACCCCAAUGGCCAUCUAAAGUUGAGCCUUAAAAAUGUUGCUCACCAAGUUUUUACUUGUAAGUAGAUGCUUUCCCUACGUACUCGUCAUGGAUAAUUCAAAUUCUUCAUUCGAAUAUGAUGACAAAAUUAAUAGGCGGCCACGGCCUCCCACCAGUCGAGGAGCAGCCAGCGGAAGAAGCGAAAGAGGUCGAUGAGGAGAAGGAGGCCCGCAAGGCAGCUAAAAAGGCUGCUAAAGAAGCAGAGAAAGCAGCGAAAGCAGCCAGAAAAGCUGCUGAGGAAGAGCGAAAGAAGGGUAAAAGGGGCGAACCUGUCCCAGAGUAUCGUUUAUCCCCUGACUUCGAGACCGCAGCGGGCCCGUACGGAAACAUUUUCAUCCAGUCAGACUGCCGGACUGGACGAUCUUGGAGGCAAUUGGGCAACCUCUCUUCUGAAGUCGGCAAGGAUGUUUGGUACAGCUACCCUAUGAAGUGGCUCGUGAUCUGAUGUCCAAACAAAUUUCAUUAGCAGGAACACCUUCUUCAUAUCUUCGUUCGAUUUGAAUGAAUCGCUGACUUAUUCAUUUUAGUAUUCUCAUGACCAUGACGUCCGCGUGGUCGACGACGCACCUGUUAUAACAUAAACAGGAUCCGUUGCCGAGUCCAUAGCAGUCGUAUCCAGGGUAAAAGGGCGUUCGUAAUUCUUCGACAAGGCCUCCACCUUAUGCAGGCAAUGGUUGAUCCAGAAACCAUUGACGCAGCCUUUCCAGGAGCUGACAAUGGAAAGAAGGUAUUUUGUCUACUUAUGUGCAAUUUGUGGUUCCCAAUCUUAACCUUGUCCCUCAAGUGCUGAAGCUGAUCUUCAAAUCUUUCUACUAUCCAUGACUAAGAAACCUGGAACUGCAACUUUUUGUAUUAAUUUCGAUAGUGACUGUGACAAGAACGGUACCCAUCGCAUUACAGGUCGUAGCAUUCGCGAAGGAUGUUACGAAUGAGAGCGUGGUGGAUAUCUGCGCAGAAGUGACCGUACCACCAGCACCCAUCCAGAGUGAGUUGCUGACAGUUAAAGAGCACGAGCUUCUGGUGAAGCGCGUCUAUGCCAUCUCGCGCGCGAAGGCUGAGCUUCCCUUCACGCUGGCUGACGCCAGCAAAAAGCUCGAGAAGAACGGAGCUGGAGGCGUGCAUCUGGAGACCAGGCUAAACUGCCGUGUUUUGGACCUUCGUACGCGUGCCAACCAGGCUAUCUUUCGCAUCCAGAGUGGCGUGUGCCGGUUUUUUCGUGACUUUUUACUCAAUGAGAGCUUCACUGAGAUCCACACGCCGAAGAUUCUUGCAGGCGGCUCUGAGGGCGGCGCCGAAGUGUUCCGACUCGACUAUUUCCCAAAGUACAACAUCCCGAAUGCGUACCUGGCCCAAUCUCCCCAGUUGUACAAGCAGAUGGCAUUGAUGUCCGACCACCGUGGCGUCUUCGAGAUCGGCCCCGUGUUCCGGUCUGAGGACUCCUUCACGCACCGCCACAUGACCGAGUUCGUCGGUCUGGAUAUGGAAAUGCACUUUGUCGAAGACUACCAUGAGGUCCUGGACGUGCUGGACCGCUGCUUUCGCUACAUCUUCAACAACUUGAACGAAAAGUGUGCCGAAGAAAUCGAAUCUGUUCGAGAACAGUUCCCCUUCGCAAACAUGCUUUACAACAAGGACAGCCCGUGUAAAAUCUUCACAUUUAAGGAAGCCAUCGAUUUGCUGCGCGCAGAGGGACCGGCGAUCGCGACUGAGCAAAUUAACGCGGCAGAAAGAGACGCCAAAGAAGCACUCGAGCGCGGAGACGAGGAAAUGCACGCUAGGUAAAGAUGAUAAUCCUAUUAGUUGUGGUUGCAGUACUUCAGAGUUGAGUAAAUAUAUCUUGCUGAGGACUUUAAUAAGUAAGAGAUAGAGAUUGAGUUGUUUUUUUCUACUAUUUUCCAACACGUUAUUGAUUCAAUCAGGCAUUGGGACAAAGCUGAGAAAGCCAUGGAGCAUCGCGCGGGCAUUCCUGAGCACCCGUAUCUUGAUGAUAUUUCCACGAAGGAUGAAAAGAUUUUGGGUGAAGUCAUCAAGCGAAAGUACGGAACAGAAUUUUACAUUAUCGAUAAAUUCCCGGCUGUCGUCCGACCCUUCUACACCAUGCCCGAUCCGGUUAACCCGGACUGGUCGAACAGUUACGACAUCUUUAUGAGAGGAGAAGAGAUCAUGAGUGGUACGACCUCCGACACUACUGACUUUGAAACUCUACAAUACCACUCGUAGACGAUUUUGUUGAUGAAAGCUGUAUUUUUAUGACCAGUAGACUGACCCAAGUUUGGCACAAUCAUAUUUUUUAUUUAUUACCUUACCAUUUUUACACCAACGCCAACGCCAUAAUUUUCCACAUUCAUUGCAUUUUGUACUUUGAUUGAUCUUAUUAGGACAACACCAGCUCCUCCUUCACAUUUACCCCCAGGUGCUCAGCGAAUCCACGAUCCGGAAUUGCUAGUUGAUCUCGCUAGACAGAAAGACAUGGUACCGGACGAGUAUUAUACUGAAUCGUUUUCAAUGGGCGCCUUUCCUCAUGCAGGUGGCGGCGUGGGCUUGGAGCGAGUAGUCAUGCUCUUCCUCGGAUUAGACAACAUCCGACGCACUAGUAUGUUCCCCCGUGACCCUAAGCGUGUGGCCCCCUAGAAAAUUGAUUCACCUCCUCUUGGAAGUCAUGUUGAUGAUGCUACGCAUAAUAUCUGAGGAUAAUUACUUUCAUCGUGGGAGGUCUUGUCGUUGUGACUGAGUAGGAAAUGCUCUUAAUAUGGUACAUGCGCGGUGACGUUAGACCGAUAUUGAAGAGGAACUACAAAAACUCUCAUAAACCAACACGACGCUGUCAUGAUAGAUGCGCAUUCCUGACGAAUUGUGACGUUUUCAACAGACCGCUACAUCAGGAAAAAACAUGACCGCUACAUUGGCAACGUAAAUACACAUCACGAAAAACGAACAUGAAACUUUGAUUCACUUAUUUCAUUCAUUAGGCAGUCAUAAGGCAGCGCCCAUGCUACUAUUAUAAUAAUAAUAACGUCAACAUCGCUCUCACAAGAAGUCGUUGUGAGUUUAUAGAACACAAGGCCUCUUCUAUCUCCCCAGG